UCGCUUACUCUCUUCUCUCACUUUGGUUAGAGAUCUUCGUCUGCUUCUAACAUGGGCCGUGACAUUGUUUCCAGUAGCCUAGAUCAAUCUCCGACACCUAUGCCUGAGGCGUUAGCAUUCAAGAGAAUUAAUGAUCCUAUCAAGAACCAGAUCAAUGGUUGUGCCACAAUCUGUGUUAGACAAGAUGAUUCAGGCCAGCUCUUGCGUGUCCUUUAUGAGUCUUUGAUAACUGGAGGGUUAGCUGGUGUUGUGGUGGAAGCUGCUCUAUAUCCAAUUGAUACUAUCAAAACUCGAGUGCAGGCAGCUCGGGAUGGAGGAAAGAUAAUAUGGAAGGGACUAUACUCUGGUCUUGGUGGAAACCUUGUUGGUGUUUUGCCUGCUUCAGCUCUAUUUUUCGGUGUAUAUGAACCAACCAAACAGAAGCUUCUGAAGGUUUUACCUGAAAAUCUUAGUGCUGUUGCACAUUUGGCUGCAGGUGCUUUAGGAGGUGCUGUUUCAUCUAUUGUUCGGGUACCGACAGAAGUAGUUAAACAGCGUAUGCAAACUGGUCAAUUUGCUUCGGCCCCUGAUGCUGUUCGCCUUAUUAUAGCCAAGGAGGGCUUUGGAGGCAUGUAUGCGGGUUAUGGAUCCUUUUUAUUGCGAGAUUUGCCUUUUGACGCGCUCCAGUUUUGCGUUUAUGAGCAAUUACGGAUUGGAUACAAGUUGGCUGCAAGAAGAGAUCUAAAUGAUCCAGAAAAUGCAAUGCUUGGUGCUUUUGCGGGUGCGGUCACUGGAGUUUUGACCACUCCUCUUGACGUAAUCAAAACCAGAUUAAUGGUUCAGGGUGCAGGAACUCAGUAUAAAGGAGUUGCAGAUUGUGUUAAGACGAUAAUUAGAGAAGAAGGGUCGUCAGCUUUGUGGAAGGGAAUGGGUCCAAGGGUGUUGUGGAUAGGUAUUGGAGGUUCCAUAUUCUUUGGUGUUUUGGAAAAGACAAAGCAGAUUCUUUCAGAGAGAAGCCAAAAGAGUCACAAUCCUUAAACAGUUUAGAUUCUACUUGUGUUGUCUACAUCAUUCUUGUCUCUUAAUGUUUUGAUGAAGAUGAAGUAUUAAGAUUCUUUACGUUUCUUUACUCGAUUCUCUCUCUUGUUCCUUAGAUACAUUGCCAUACUCUUUUGUUCAAUCAGCUUCCACAUUUUACUUGUAUUUUAUGUUAAAUCUAAAACUGUAAUAGUUACUGAAA